AUGGCGCCAACCGUCGCCGAGUUGGACGCCACCGUCCGCACCUUCUAUGAAGGUCGCGGAGAGCAGCAAAAAGCUGCCCAGGCCGCUCUGAACCAGUUCAAAGAGGAUCCCGAUGCCUGGCUCAUGGUCGAUAAGGUUCUUUCCGAGGCGACAUAUCCCCAGACCAAGUUUCUCGCGCUACAAGUCUUGGACCAUGUUAUCAUGACGAGAUGGAACGUCCUUCCUCGCGACCAGUGUCAAGGAAUCCGCAAUUUUGUGGUUCAGUUCAUCAUCCAGAGCUCAAGCUCCGAAGAAUCCCUCAAGACCGAGAAGACCUUGCUCAACAAGCUGAACCUCGUCCUGAUCUCGGUCCUCAAGCAAGAAUGGCCCCACAACUGGCCAACCUUCAUCAACGAGAUCAUCUCGUCGUGCCACUCCAGCCUGUCGAUCUGCGAGAACAAUAUGAUCAUUCUGCGACUGCUGUCAGAAGAGGUCUUUGACUAUUCUGCGGAGCAGAUGACUUCAACCAAGACUCGCAACCUGAAGACCACCAUGUGUGCCGAGUUCUCGCAGAUCUUCCAGCUCUGCACCGAGAUCCUCAACACUGCCACCCAGCCAAGCCUCAUCAAGGCCACCCUUGAGACCCUGCUGCGCUUCUGCAACUGGAUCCCGCUUGGUUACAUUUUCGAGACGCCGCUGAUCGAGACUCUCCGAACCCGUUUCCUCGAAGUCCCCGAGUUCCGAAACGUCACUCUUCAGUGUCUGACAGAGAUUGGAGGUCUCCAGACCGGUGGUCCCGGCCAAGUUAGCAACUAUGACGAACAGCUCGUGAAGAUGUUCACUGAGGUUCUUACCACGAUCACGACUAUCAUUCCGAUCGCGAUGGACCUCAAGACGACAUAUCCUCAGAGCAACUCGAGGGAUCAGGAGUUCGUGCAGAACCUGGCAUUGUUCAUCUGUAACUUUUUCACCAUGCACCUCAACCUCAUUGAGAAUCUGCCCAACAGGGACUUCCUGACCCAUGCUCAUUACUACCUGAUUCGCAUCUCGCAGAUUGAUGAUCGAGAAAUCUUCAAGAUCUGCCUCGAUUACUGGCUGAAGCUAGUCCAAGAGCUCUACGAGGAGAUGCAGUCUCUGCCCAUUACUGAUGUUAACCCCCUCAUGGCAAUGGGCACUCUGUCAUCCCAAGGAGCGCCGAACCCUGCACUCCUCAACAACUAUCCUCUUAGGAAGCACAAGUACAAGGAAGUGCUUUCUAACCUCCGCAUCGUCAUGAUCGAGAAGAUGGUUCGUCCUGAAGAAGUGCUGAUUGUCGAGAAUGACGAGGGUGAGAUCGUCCGCGAGUUUGUCAAGGAGAGCGACACGGUCCAGCUCUACAAGACGAUCCGUGAAUGUCUCGUCUACCUGACCCAUCUGGAUGUGGUCGAUACCGAACAGAUCAUGACCGAGAAACUCGCUCGACAGGUCGACGGAACUGAGUGGUCAUGGCACAACUGCAACGUUCUUUGCUGGGCUAUCGGUUCCAUCUCCCUGGCCAUGAACGAGGAGACCGAGAAGCGUUUCCUGGUCACUGUGAUCAAGGAUCUGCUUGGCCUGACUGAGAUGAAGAGGGGCAAAGACAACAAGGCAGUGGUUGCCAGCAACAUUAUGUACAUCGUCGGGCAGUACCCUCGCUUCUUGAAGGCGCACUGGAAGUUCCUCAAGACUGUCGUGAACAAGCUGUUUGAGUUCAUGCACGAGUCACACGAGGGUGUCCAGGACAUGGCUUGCGAUACUUUCAUCAAGAUCGCGAAGCAAUGCCGUCGUCACUUUGUUGCCCUUCAACCCAGCGAGCAUGAGCCGUUCAUCGAGGAGAUUGUGCGAAACCUGCAGAAGAUCACCUGCGACCUCACCCCUCAGCAAGUCCAUACCUUCUACGAGGCUUGCGGCUACAUGGUUGCCGCGCAGGGCAACCGCAACCAGCAGGAGCGGCUUCUGAGCGAGCUCAUGGGGUUGCCUAAUGCCGCUUGGGACCAGAUCAUCAAGUCCGCGACCGAGAACCCUACCAUCCUCCAGGACGCUGAUACGAUCAAGAUCAUUGGCAACAUCAUGAAGACCAAUGUUUCUGCGUGCUCGUCUAUCGGGCCCUACUUCUACCCUCAGAUUGGUCGCAUCUACCACGACAUGCUGCAGAUGUAUCGUGCAACUAGCCAGCUCAUCUCCGAAGCUGUGGCACGAGAGGGAGAAAUUGCGACCAAGAUGCCAAAGGUCCGGGGUCUGCGAACCAUCAAGAAGGAGAUCCUGAAACUCAUCGAGGUCUUUGUCGAGAAGGCUGAAGAUCUGCAAGCUGUGCGCGCCCAGAUGGUCCCUCAGCUUCUGGACUCGGUUCUGGUUGACUACAACCGGAACGUACCUGGCGCCCGUGAUGCCGAAGUGCUGAAGGCUAUGACCGCCAUCAUUACUAAGCUUUCAGGUCUGAUGGAGGAUCAGGUUCCUAUCAUCAUGGAGAACGUCUUCGAAUGCACCCUUGACAUGAUCAACAAGGAUUUCUCCGAGUUCCCAGAGCAUCGGGUGGAGUUUUUCAACCUCUUGCGAGCUAUCAACUUGCACUGCUUCCCUGCUCUGCUCAAGCUGGACAACCGGCAGUUCAAAUUCGUCAUCGACUCGUGCCUCUGGGCCAGCAAGCACGACAACCGUGAUGUCGAGGCUGCUGGACUCAACAUGUGUUUGGAGCUUAUCAGCAACGUCGCCGAGAAGACCGACGCGCAGACCUCGAAUGCCUUCUUCAACCAGUUCUUCAUUCCCAUCCUCCAGGACGUCUUCUUUGUCCUCACGGACACGGAUCACAAGGCCGGCUUCAAGACGCAGUCGAUGCUCCUCUUGCGCAUGUUCUACUUCAUCUCGCCCGCAGACGAUACCCAGCCAAAGAUCCAAGGCCCGAUCUACCAGUCCGACCAGGCGCAGGCCGGUACGAGCAACAAGGAAUUCCUCGCCAACUACGUGGCAAACCUGUUGAAUAAUGCUUUCAGCAACCUCCAAACGGCCCAAAUCCAGGCUUUCGUCGAGAGCUUGUUCACCCUCAACACCCAGUACGACAAGUUCCGCCUUAGUUUGCGCGAUUUCUUGAUCUCGCUGCGAGAGUUUGGUGGGGACAACGCCGAGCUGUACCUUGCCGAGAAGGAGCAGCAAGAGCGCGAUGCCAAACAAGCCGAGCAUGAGAGGCGGUCAAAGGUCAGCGGCCUGCUCAAGCCGUCCGAGAUUGAGCAGGAAGACGAUGAGCUGUGA